CUUUUGCACACUUUUUUCAAAAAUUUUCUGACGCCCAUGAUCAACGAGCAAGCCGCAAUUUGUGUGUGACGAAAAAUGUAUAAAAACUUGGAUUUGGGUGCGUUAAGCGUAGACGAUAUAAUUGAAGAAUAUAAAUUACUACACGGACGACAUGAGCAGCUGAAGGAACGGUGUGAUGCCGAUGCACAGCGCAUUCAUGAACUCAAACGCAGUCUGGACACUUCGUUGGCGGCCGAAAAGUAUCUGACUCAGGAGCUAGAGCAAUACAAUCAACAAGCGCAGGUCGCUUGUCCCGACAACGAGUUGCGACUACAACAGGAACUGGACGAACUGCGUCGCAAAUAUCGCAAUCUGCAAUUGGAGCACGAGACUCUGCAGCAGGAUCACGAUGCCAAGACCGAGGAGACGGAGUGCCUCAAGAGCAAACUGGAAGCCACAGUACGGGAUCUUGAAUCAAGCACAGCACUCAAAGCCAACAGUGCAGACGAUGAGAUUGUCAAUCGCUUGACUGCCAUGGAACAAGAAAAUGCGGAGCUAAUUCAAAAGUUAGCGGAAUACGAGGAUGUCAAAGUGCAAAACACUUUCGCUGUAGCCGAGCAAGAAAAAACCAUAGAAAUACUGAAGGAUCAGCUGAGUUGCAUGGAGGAGAAUUUGCGUGGCAAACGCGAUGAGCUAGAGGAGAAGCUGCAGCUGUUGGAGAGCUCACAGGAGCAGUUGGUUGAAGCGAAUGCCAAGAUAGCCAUGCUGUCCAGUGCGCCGGAACAGAAUGAUCGCAAGGGCAACUCUUUGUUCGCCGAGGUCGAUGAUCAGCGACAGGCGAUGAAGCACCUGCUGGCGAGCCAAAAGAAAAGCUAUUUGGACAUGAAGAAGAUAUUCAAUGACAGCAAAUACGAAAUACAUCGUUUGAAGCGUGAGAACAUUGCAAUGCACACAGAACUCCAGGCGUGCAGCACCAUCUUCUGUAGCGCAGAUAAAACCUAUCAAAAUAAACUGAAUGAACGCAUUCGCCAGCUGAUGGCGCAAAACGUGAAGUUGGAGCGUAAUUUGAAUGUGUCGCAGGAGCGAUUGCGUGAUUUAGCCAGCCAAAAGUCCGUCACUUGGCUGGAUUCAAUGCUGGAUUUCUGCAAACGCGAAACGGACGAUCUGAAGACCCAGCUGCAUAGCAUGCACAUCCAGAAGGCCACAAUCGAGGAGCAGCUGCGAAAUGUGCAGCAGGAAAUGGUACGUUGGCGCUUUGAGUCGCUUAAAUCGCGUUGUGUGCUCAUCGAUCGCGAAAAUCUGCUAACGGAGCACAAGAUUUCCUUCAAACAAGUAAAAGCCAUGGAGUUUGAUAUCAAGGAGGCGGAAUUAAAGGCUGCAUUACCUCGUAUUGUUAGUGCGCUGCCUACACCUACUUCGAGUCCUUUAAUUGCGACAACAGCCACUGAAGUCAUUUCUUUGAUAACGCCACUCAAAACGCCUUUAUCCACUACAACUGAAGUGAUUAAUUUGGAUACGCCACUGAAAAUUGAACCAAAAGAGGCAACUCCAAUUACGCCUAAUGAAGUGAAACAGGAAUUGUCCUCAAGCGGAGAUCAAGCUACAAUUGUGGAACAGCAGAUGCAGUGCAAAAUGGAGCCAGCGGAGUCGACAGCUGUUGAGCAGCUUCCAAUAGUUGCGAAGUCGCGCUUGGGACUCAUCAAAGUUAAAGCUGAUCGCGAGCUGCUGUCUGAGGAACAGAAUCAGGAGCAGACAGCUGAACUGCUUGUGCCCGCUAAACCCAAUCGCAAGGGAACACCCAUCAAAUUUACGCAGAUCAAAGCAGAAUUAUCAGAGGAUGAGGAGCCCUUAAAUUCACCAGCUAAACCAAACCGCAAGGGCACGCCCGUUAAAAUCAAAGAAGACGUUCAAAGUGAAAGCAAACCAUUGCGGAAGUCAACUCCAGUGAGCAUGAAAAUUGGCUCAGCGGAAAAGUCACCUAUACAGGAGGUCACCAACAACAAUGUGCGUUCUAUAAUGUCAAAGAAGCGCGAUUUAUUUGCUGAGGAUAAUCGUAAGAAUGUGCAGUUCAGCAGUAGUGAUCCCAUAGUGCACAAUCUGAGUCCGGAUAUCUGUAGUCCGGUUGAGAGUCACAAGGAGAACGAACAACCUGCUGGUAAGGACAUUAAACCCCUGAAGAAAUCUCAAAAUAUUAUUCGUCGCAUUGUUGUCGCGCCCAAAAACUCGGGCUUGUCCCUAAAAUGAUGUUUCAUGUUGAAUACUAUUUGCAUGAAGAUACAAAAAUUAAUUUAUAAUUAGAUUUAAAACUUAGAAAUAAAUUACACACCGAACAACAAGACGUACAAACUGAAUAAUUCUUGCCAAGCAGAGUAGAGAUGCCUAAUGAAAUUAUACACAAUAUAAUUAGGAUUUGCAGUUGCCAUGCUUCUUUAGAGUUAACCUGAAAGACAAUGAAAUUAUAUUGAUAGGAAUGUUUGCUUACUUUAAGAAUUACUAGAAAUUUUAAUGUGAGUAGAGGCAAUUGUAAAUUUUGUAUAACUUGAUGAAGCUAUUCUGUUCUUAACUUUUAUUUCUUUAGCUGCUGAUUUUUUUUCAAAGAACAUUAAGCAAUUUACUCUAAUAACAAUUCUUAUAUAAAAUUACUCAAAAUUCAAAUAAUAUUGUAUACAACAAAAAUGCGUAAAUCUUCAACUAAAUUGCCGUACGCAUUAUUUAAUUUAAUUUUAUAAUACCGCUGGGAAAUACUCUAUUUAUAUGUCACAAUUUCAUAUAAACUAUGUUUAUAUGAGCUUUACAAGAGCUUUACUAAAACGAUAAAAAAAACUAAAACUAAAAUUAAAUUUAAAACGAUUAGGAAAAGUUUAAUUUUUUGAUAUCUAAAAAAACAAAAUUAAAUUCAAUUCGUAUCAUAAAUUUUGCUAUUUGUACAUGCUUUGGAAUUUCUUUAUGUUUAAUGAGCAGAAAAAAGUCUGCAACCGUUUUUAAAUAGCGAAAACUUCCAAUAGAUGCAAUAAAUAUGUGUAAGUAAUACAACAAAAACCAUUAAAAAAAUAGAGUUUAGUGUUUAUGGCAAAAAUAA